ACUACCUUUGUUGCUGUCUAAUAACAUUAUUAGUAACUUUAUUAUAAGCCAAUCCAAACACUCUUUGAAGAGUAAAGUGUAGUCUACAACUGAACAGUCUCUCUGAGUGUAGUCUACAACUGAACAGUGUCUCCGAGCCAUGUCUUACAUUCCACCACACAAGAGGCACACAAAGGGUUCACCGUCGCCGGAACCAACUCCGGCACCGGAAUCAGUGCUACCUGCCUUGAGAAAAAGCCUGAAUUUCAAGAGAAAGGAAAACAUUCGGCUCGAGAUCCGUUAUGCUCAUGGUGCAGUUAGGAAAUGGUUCCCUGUUGGUUUGACUCAUUUUUCAUCUCUUGUCAACCUUCAACCUCUUUCUAUCCAUCAAAAAUCUAACGAAAAUCCUCUUCGUUUGGUGCUAAUGCAAGGUUGCAAUGGAGGAACGAAUGAUGAGCCAUGGCGUUUGGUGGCUAAAAAUGUGAUGGAAGACUUACUUUUGUCAUUUCAACAUGUCAAAUCUGUAAUGGAGGAAUCUAAUAUGGAAGAAGAAUCAAAGCCGAGUCUAGUUGCUCGUUUUGGAAGAAUUCUCUUUCAUGGGAUUUCUGCAAAAAGUCAAGAAUCCCUCAAUAGUAACCUAUUAAAGGAAACUACCUUGAGGCAAAUGAGAAAAUCUUUCUAUACCAGUGUUCCUCUUUCAUACAUGGAAUAUAUACGAAACCUUGCAGUUGAAAAACUUGACUUACAAUAUGUGGAGGAGAAGGAAUUAUACUACGUCAAGCUUUCAGACAACAUGCGCGCUGAUUCAACUGUCACCUGCAAAUGUACGGUGGUCAAGGAUCAGGAGAAAAUUCAGCUCCAUAAGAUUGAGCUGAACCAAGUACGCAACAUGGUUGCAGACAUGAGCUGUCCUGGCAAAAGCUUAGACCUGAGGUUGAUGUUAAACACCAAGAAAAUCAUGACGGGUUUAUCUGAUGAGGAGAUCAAUGAAAUUAAAAGUCUUAUCGGUUCAGCUGUGUUGGACUCUGAAGUUAAGGGUGGGCUGAGAUGGCCCUUUGGCGAGGAUUCUUCAGGGAGUCGAUAUGCUGUUACCGGUGUCUGGCACACAACUGCAAAAUCGUAUGGGAAUUCGUCAAUUAGGCUUAAGCUUAGACAUGCAGAUCGAUAUGAUUUCAGAUCUUCAACUGGUGAGGUUGCACAGGAAGUUAACCUGAAAAUGUCUGGGAUUUUAUCCCAAUUGCAGGAGGAAACGAUUGACGAAAACCUGGUGCUUAAAAUGCUGGAAGACAACUUGAAGUUAAUCUGGGAUCACUGUUUGGAUGAUGGUUCUUCAAGCUGAUGACCAUAUUUCGCGGUCCUUCACUCUCUUUGCAAAAUAUCUGCAGAAACUCACAAGCUAUGGUCGUUUGGUGAAGAAAGUUACCUUUUGUAGUUUGCAGUGGUGGAAUGUAUAGAUGGAUAACUGAAUUGUUAAACUCAAAAUGUUGAAUGCUGUUUGCAGUAUAUUGUUUUGCGUAUGGAAUGAAAUGAACCAAGGCCUCUGAUGGUAGCGGCAUCAGUAAAGGAAUAGUUUUGUUUUUGUAA